AUGAUACCUUUUUUCAAAGUUCUUCUUGUCGGCGAGACAGGAGUAGGAAAGUCCACCCUAAUUAACGUAUUGACUAAUUAUUUUCGUAACGGUAGCCCUGAUAACAUUAAAACUGCCAUCAAAUCGAAAUACUUCAAAGUUACUGAAGAAGACCUCGAACAUCCAUCCUCCGAAUUUAAUGUGAACGAUCAAACGAGCAGUCAGACAUCUGAAUGCUUUUCGUAUGAUUUUGAACAUCCAACACGUCCUGAAUGCACAUAUAGAUUUAUUGAUUCCCCAGGUCUCGGGGACACAAAUAAUCAAGAUCAAAGAAACUUGGAAUUUAUAGUUGAAAAGGCUGUCAACGAAAAAUAUUUACACGCCAUUGUAUUUGUCGUCAAUGGAAAACAAACUCGAUGUUCAGAAGUAAUAAAAAAUACGAUAAAUGGUUUCAACAAUUAUUUGCCAAAAUCUCUCUUGGAAAAUAAUCUUUUUUUAAUAGUUACUCAAACUAAAAAACUUGGAGCAAUCUUCCAAAUAGAUUUUUUUGAAAAGGAAGUAGCAACACCAAAGGAAAUAUUUUACAUGGAUAAUCUAACAUUUUCGUGCAACCCUAAUGAGUGGCGAUCUGAUUCUCAAUCAAAACUUGAAGUUGAACAAAGUUGGGAUGUGUCACAAAAAACGAUUGUUAAUUUUUUGACUGCUAUUGAGAAGAGUGAAUUUAAGUCUACCGAAGACUUUCAAAAAAUUGCAGAAUUUCAAAAAGACUUAACUGCACAAAUUCGAAAAGCUAUUGGAGAAAUCAGCAAAAUUAAUGAUGCAAUUAUUCAACUUUUAAAGACCAGAUGCGAAUGUGAAAAACAUGAAAAUAUCUUGGAAAGUAGCAAAAACUAUACGCAAGAGAAAGUUUUUGAGUAUCUUGAGUACAUUCAAACUCCUCAUAAAAAUCUUAUUUGUAUAAAUCACCUUGAAUCAAUUUGCCAUGAAAAUAGUCCAAAUUGGUUUGUUCGCACGUGUAAUCGUAUCAACUUUUUCAGUGGAACAUGCAGAGAAUGUGGAUGCGGAUGGUCAGACCAUGACCUACAAAAGUACAAAAUCGUUAGACGCCGUGAAACAUUCAAAGAAGUGAUUAAUGAAUUGAAAAUCAAAUAUGAUAGAGAGUUUAGUAACUCAAUUAAUUUAAAGGCGGAGGAAAAAAUAAGAUGUUCAGUUCUCGAAAUUUUAGUAAAGGGAGUUGAAAUGUGCUAUAACAGCAUUCAACAUGAUAUCGAAUCAUUAAAACUUAUUAGUAAAUUUAACUUUGAUGGAAGUUUACGAUGUGCCUUCGAUAAAUUAAAGGCUACAGCUGAGAAUGUCUUAGACGAAAAUCUCAAGACAAAGCAACUUAAAAAGAUUUCUGAGAUUGAGGAAUUAU